AUGACCUCUCUGUAUGCCCCCGGGACGGAGGAUAUUAGGCAAAGGCUACGCCCUUUUGGGUUUUUCUUUGAGAAAUCAUUGAAGGAUCUGAUUAAGGGUAUUAGGUCUCAUAACGAAACACCAGAAAAACUGGAUCAGUUCUUUAAGCAAAUAUUAAGUGAAUGCCGGGACGAAGUGAACUCUCCAGAUCUAAAUUCUAAGACCAAUGCUGUCCUCAAAUUGACCUAUUUGGAGAUGUACGGUUUUGACAUGGCUUGGUGCAACUUUCAUAUUUUAGAGGUUAUGAGCAGUAAUAAACUGCAACAAAAACGUGUUGGUUAUUUGGCUGCAGCACAAUCGUUUUACAAAGAUUCUGAUAUUUUGAUGCUUGCAACUAACUUGCUGAAAAAAGAUUUGAAGUAUGAUGGAAAUAAUGAUGUUGUUAAAGUUGGCAUUGCUUUAAGUGGCCUUUCUACUAUAAUUACACCAUCAUUAGCAAGAGAUAUAGCCGACGAUUUAUUUACUAUGCUAAACAGCACAAGACCAUACAUAAGAAAGAAAGCCAUUACUGCAUUAUUUAAAGUUUUUUUGCAAUAUCCAGAAGCUUUGAGGGAUAAUUUCGAUAAAUUUGUUUCAAAGCUAGACGAUGAUGAUAUAUCCGUGGUUUCUGCUGCCGUAAGUGUUAUUUGCGAGCUUUCAAAAAAGAAUCCUCAACCGUUCAUCCAACUUUCACCUUUAUUAUACGAGAUCUUAGUUACAAUUGACAAUAAUUGGGUCAUUAUUAGAUUAUUGAAGUUAUUCACUAACUUAUCACAAGUCGAACCGAAGUUGAGAGCCAAGUUACUACCGAAAAUUUUAGAACUGAUGGAGAGUACUGUUGCAACUUCUGUGAUCUAUGAAUCUGUCAACUGCAUUGUGAAGGGAAAUAUGCUGGAAGAAGAUGACUUUGAAACGGCAAUGGCAUGCCUAGAAAGACUGCACACAUUUUGUGAUUCUCAGGAUCCAAAUUUGAGAUAUAUUAGCUGCAUAUUAUUUUACAAAAUCGGCAAAAUCAAUACUGAUUUUAUUUCUCGGUUCGACAAGUUGAUUAUACGGUUACUGUCUGACGUUGACGUUUCUAUUAGAUCGAAGGCAAUUGAAUUAGUUGAAGGUAUUGUUGAUGAAGAUAACUUGAAGCCAGUUGUUCAAACAUUGAUGAAACAAUUUGUAGAUGAAGAUGUGGUUAUCCUUCAAACUGGAAACAUGGUAUACGAAAAGUCAAAGAGAAUCCCUAUCAUAAUUCCAGAAAAUUACAAGAUAAAAAUGGUGAACGUUAUUAUUUCGAUUUGUUCAGCUAGCAACUAUUCAAAUGUUACCGACUUUGAAUGGUACAAUGCAGUGAUAAUGGAUUUAGCGAUGCUCUGCCAAGACAUAUCUGAUAAAAGCCUUGGAUUAAAAAUUGGUGAACAGUUCAGGAACUUGAUGAUAAAAGUCCCCUCAAUGAGGGAAGUAACUAUUGCUAAUAUUAUAAAGCUUAUUUCAAAUGAUAACAUUAACAAACAGUUGCCUACCAUAUUGAGAGAAUGUAUUUGGUGCCUUGGAGAAUUUUCUACCCUAGUUGAAAAUGGUGACGAUUUAAUAAAAGUAAUGAUUGGAAAUGCCAGCUAUUAUUCUCACAGUGUACAAGAAGUGUUGAUUUUAGCACUUGUCAAAAUCUUUAGCAAUUGGUGUAACAACUUUCACGAGGAUAAACGCAUUGAAAUUAAGUUGGCGUUAACGGAGCUCAUUGAGUUUUUUGAAAAUUUAUCUUAUUCGAGCACAUUCGAAGUUCAGGAAAGAAGCGUUGAAGUUUUAGAAUUUUUAAGACUAAGUUUGGAGGCUCUGGAGGAGGAUCCGGAGGGUUUGCCAAUGUUACUGAGCGAAGUUCUGCCUAGCUUUUUUAACGCCUAUGAACUGGCACCAAUUGCGCGUGGCACUCAAUCAAACCUAGCAGUAGAUGAAAACCUUGAUUUGGAAACUCCAUUUUUGACGGAAGAGGCAGCUGAUGAACUGUUAGAUGAACAAAAAAAUGACGCAUUUAGUGAUCUGGUGUCUGAUAUCUCAAUAGACAAGCAAGUUGAACUGGAAUUCGUUGAUGAUUCUGAUACUUCAUAUGAAGAAAAGGAAAAAUUGGAUCAUUUCGACAAUCCAUUUGAGGUUGAGAGAGAAAAGGAAAGAAUGUCGAAUCCCUAUUACCUAGGCGAAGAAGAUGAAGAAAGCACUCAAAAAUCUAAAGAUUUAUUGGAUUUGAAUGAGGAUGAUGGUACUGAAGAAAAGCCAGAAACAAUUAGAUUAAAUAGGCCUGCUAAUUCUUUGAAUUCCCCAGAUUUACCUACAGUAGAAAACAGCGGGAAAAAGAAGAAGGGAAAGAAGAAUAGGGUUCAAGUCUUAUCUGAUGAGCCUGUUAUCAAAGCCGCUUCAAAAAAGAAGGAUGCCUUCCAGAAACCUCAUGGUAGUCAAUCAACUAAAAAUUUUUCAAAAAAGGACAGAAUUAACCUGAGAAUGCAUUCCCAACUCGAGAAUUUUGAUUUUUCCAAUUUUGGUGAAUCUAGUAGUGCAGUAAGAGAAUCGCAGCAAGAGGGCGAUCUUAGAAAAGAAGACCAGUUAGAAUUAAAUCGCUUAGAAGCCAAUCUUCGUGCAAAGGACAGAAAGGAUAAUUUAAGUGAUACAGAAGAAGUUAUAGUCAUUAAAAAGAAGAAGAAAGGGAAAAAGUCAAAGUCAAAAGACAAACUGAAAACGAAAACGAAAAGUUCUUCGGAAUCAAACGAAUUUCUUCGAGAUCAAAACACAGACAUUUGA